CAAAAUGGAAAACAAUCUAUUGCUUUGUAUUUUAUUAUUGAUUUCCACCUUUGCAUCAUCAGACGUUUUGGUAACACAUAUCAGAAACAUCGAGAAGCGAAAUGCUGAGAAUGACUUGUUAUGUUAAAGGCAAGAGACCUGAUGUCUGAAGCUGAUUCUACUUGGCACCUGGAUCCCCUUCAGCAAUGUUUAAAUACUUGGAUUGUUUGGGGACCUUCUUAAUCAAUCAGCCAGAGAUCAGUCCCACCAUAAAAAUUCCAUAGUUCUUUCCAGCACUGGCUCUGCUGCAAGAAGCAGCCCUUGUUUAAGGAGUUGCCUAAUGAAUCACAUCUGCUGUUACCUGUGCUUUCACAUACUCUCCAGCAACCUUAUACCUGAGCAUUCAGAGAAAAUCAGUGUUGCCCUGCCCAUUUCCUUGUUUAAAAAAGAAUGAGCUCCAGUUGUGAGGAAGUUCAGAAUAACAUAAAGUUUGGAGCCAUCUGGAAUUGUUUUGGUCUAUUUUUAAACAAGGUUGUCAAUGGGAUAGAAAUCUAUAACAUGAAGAUCGAUAGUAAAGUAACUUCCCGGUUUGCCCACAAUGUCAUCACCAGUCGAGCUGUCAAUCGUGGGAAUGUGUCCAAAGAAGUCUUCUUUGAUGUUGAGCUCCCUAAGACAGCCUUCAUUACCAACUUCAGCAUGACAAUUGAUGGUGUCACUUAUCCUGGAACUAUAAAGGAAAAAGAAGCUGCAAAAAAGCAAUAUGAGAAGGCUGUUUCAAGAGGACAGACUGCUGGUCUUGUCAAAGCUUCAGGAAGAAAAACAGAAAAAUUCACUGUCUCAGUCAACGUUAAAGCAGCCAGUAAAGUCACUUUUGAACUCACGUACGAGGAACUGCUGAAGCGACGCUUUGGAAAAUACGAGAUGUUCAUCAAAGUGAAACCAAAGCAGCUUGUCAAAGAUUUUGAGAUUGCAGUAAAUAUUUUUGAGCCCCAGGGUAUCACUGAGCUGGAAGCAGAAGGAACAUUCAUCACCAAUGAGCUACAAAAUACCAUUAAAAAAACUUUUUCAGAGAAAAAGGGGCACAUCUCUUUCAGGCCAACUCUUGAUCAGCAGCGAACCUGUGCAAGUUGCUCAGAGUCUGCCUUGGAUGGGGAUUUUACUGUAAGAUAUGAUGUGAAGAGAACAACUCCAGAUAAUUUGCAGAUUGUCAAUGGCUACUUCGUACACUUCUUUGCACCAACAAAUCUUCCAAAUUUGCCCAAGAAUAUUAUUUUUGUAAUGGAUACUAGUGGCUCAAUGUAUGGAAGACCAAUGGAACAGACAAGAGAAGCACUUCUAAAAAUCUUAGAUGACAUUAAAGAAGAUGACUUCUUCAAUUUCAUAUUGUUCAGUUCUGGUGUGUCCACCUGGAAAGAAACAUUAAUCAAGGCCACUCCUGAGAAUUUGGAUGAAGCAAGGAAGUUUGUUCGGAACAUUGAUGCUUCAGGCAUGACAAAUUUACAUGGUGGUUUGAUGAGGGGAAUUGAUAUUCUGAAUGCUGCUCAUGAAGGGAACCUUGUGCCCAAGAGAAGUGCCUCUAUAAUUAUCAUGUUAACAGAUGGCCAGCCAAACCAAGGUGUAUCAGAUAUUCACACCAUUGAGACAGAUGUAAAAAAUGCUAUUAAAGGAAGAUACCCCUUAUACAACCUUGGGUUUGGCUCUGGUGUAGACUAUGGCUUCUUGGAGAGGAUGGCACUGGAGAACAAAGGAUUGGCCCGUCGGAUUUAUCCUGACUCUGAUGCAGCUUUACAGCUUCAAGGGUUUUAUGAUGAGGUGUCAAAUCCCAUGCUCACAGAUGUGGAGUUAAACUACCCAGAAAAUGAAAUACAAGAUCUAACUACGAACAGUUUUAAGCAUUUCUAUGAUGGGUCUGAGAUUGUGGUGGCUGGACGUUUUGUAGACAGCAACCAAAACCAAUUGACUGUAGAUGUGAGAGGUGAAGGUGCUAAAGAUGCCCUGUCAUACACUACACAACAAGAUGCUGAGCAAACAGCUCAGGCUUUCCAAGAACAAGAAUACAUAUUUGGAGAGUACAUUGAAAGGCUCUGGGCUUAUCUUACCAUUGAACAACUCCUGGAAAGACGUAUUGCAGCUACAGGAGAAGAAAAGGAAAACCUUACAGCUGAAGCCCUGGCUCUCUCCCUGAAGUACAAGUUUGUAACACCACUGACAUCCAUGGUGGUAACAAAACCAGAAGAAGAUGACAGUGAAGAUGUGAUUGCUGAUAAACCCACUGAAGCUGAAGCACUGAGUUCCGUAUCUUCUAUGCUUGGUUCACAAAUGUAUCGAGGAUCACAACCCACAUGGUACACCAGUGUUGAUGGGGACCCACACUUCGUGAUAUGGGUGCCACAAAAAAGAGAUGCCAUCUGUUUCAAUAUCAAUGAAAACCCGGGUACUGUCUUAAAUUUGAUAAAUGAUCCAGUUACAGGCAUCACAGUCAAUGGAGAACUCAUUGGUGAUAAGAGAACAAAUAACGAUGCAAAGAUCCAAAAUUCGUAUUUUGGAAAACUUGGCAUUGCAAAUAAGCACCUGGGUUUAAAACUGACAGUAACUCCUGAGAGGAUCACAGUUCAGAAUGGCAAUGAAAAAAUGGGUUUCACCUGGCUUGACUCAGUCACCUUGCAACAAGCAGGUUUAACUUUAAUAAUUAAUAGAAAAAAAAAUCUGGUGCUCUCAAUGGGCAGUGGUGCCUCAUUUGUUGUUGUUUUGCACCAAGUAUGGAAGAAGCAUCCUCUCCACCAAGAUUUCCUAGGACUGUAUACAUUGGAAGAGGAUAAACUGUCUGAACAGACCCAUGGAUUAUUAGGACAAUUUUUCCACCCCAUUGACUUCACCAUACUUGAAAUUCAUCCUGGGUCUGAUCCCAAGAAACCAGAUGCCACAAUGGUUGUUAAAAACAAUGAACUGAUAGUAACGAGGGGCUGGCAGAAGGAUUACAGAAGAGAUCCCAGCCAUGGUGUUGACAUUCCUUGCUGGUUUGUCCAUGACAACGGAGCUGGGCUCAUAGACGGCGUUCACACAGAUUAUAUUGUUUCCAGUCUGUUUUAAGCAACUACAACUUCCUCCAAAUUCGUGGGUAGACGGAUGAUUUGUCUGAAAGAACAGUAUUUUUUAAUGUUUAAGAACUAUUAAAAAUCUGUAAGCAUACCAUGUUUGGCAAAGGACAAGGUAUGCUGGAUUCUCAUACAGUUUUACUGUGAAUUUGGUGGAAUCUGAAGUGCAGGGCAGCUGUUCCCCUUGUGUGCACAGAUACCCCUCCUCCUCUGGAACGUCCUCUUUAUUAGGUUCAAAAUUCUGACUUUGAACGUUACUUUGUAAAACAAAACAGAAACCUUCUAUCCAAUAUUAAAUCAAUGACGGAGUGACUUAAAUAAAGCCUCAGCACUCAGU